UGCUGCUGGAAUUUUUAUUUUCCUGAGGGAACUCUCCUGAAGGAAUCAAUAAAGUACAAUCUAUCAAUUGUCGGAGGCAGAUAUUUUCAUAAAUCCGUAUUUAAGUGUUACUUCUUUAUUUUCAUAAUCAUAUUACAAAACAGCUAGUGUUUUUCUUCCAAUUGUGGUCUUUUGGUUGUCUGCAAAUACUGUGUGCUAACCUUGAAUAUGGAAUGUAAAGAGGAGAGAUAAUCCUUCUCCUUAUCUCUUCUUGUGUCCAGCUGCGGAGGACAAUGGGCAUGUGUUUGGGCUGGAAAGACAAGACAGCGAGGGUGGGAGGGAGAGAGACUUUAUAGAAUAGAAGGUUUCCAUAUUUUAGAUCAGACCAUCUUAGCUGUGCGAUUGAAUGUUCUAUGCUGGACUGGUCUCAUUAUAUUUCCAAAGCUUUGCAAAUAUUUUACAAAAGACCUAUUCUGUCUCUGGUGGUUCUUCUACUCAGCUUUAAGUGUCGUAAAGAGCUUGGGAGCGACCAGAAACUUGAAUUCCCUGGGAGGAACAACUGGUCCGAACGCAACACUAUCUAUCUAUCUAUCUAUCUAUCUAUCUAUCUAUCUAUCUAUCUAUCUAUCUAUCUAUCUAUGUUAAAUUAUUGACAACAUAACCUUGAGUUACUAGGUUUACAUUUCCCUAUAAAUGUUGAAUAAAAUAGCCCCGUAAUCGAAGUGUAAAUGUUGGGUAUAUUUUAAAAUGAACUUUUUGCCAGAAAGUAGUAAAAUCAAACAUUGCACUUUUGCCUCUGUGAACUUUCUAUUUUGUUGACGAUACUGUGUCAACACGCCCACUGGAGUGUGAUUGGAGGAACAGAUCCUCCUCAGCUUUUAUAGAGAGCCACUGAGCGUGUGCAGCAAGUGUGUUUGUGCCCUGACACAGCAUGUUUGAAGAGCUCCUGCAGGCUCCUGCUUUGGCCUCCUGGUUGGGGCUUCUUGCAGGCUUGCUGGCCGUCUAUCUUUUGUACUCCAGUUGGACUUUCCAAGAUAAACAGAAGCGUCCUCCUGGGCCCAGACGUCUUCCUUUGAUUGGUAACCUGCAUCAGUUGGAUCUCAAGUGGCUUGAUAAGUCUCUUUUUAAACUGUCUAAAAGGUACGGACCGGUGUUUACCGUCUACUUGGGACUCAAGAAGUUGGUGGUCUUGGCUGGAAGCAAGACUGUCAGACAGGCUCUCAUCAACCAUGCUGAGGAGUUUGGGGAGAGAGAAAUCAACCCUUUAUUCCACGAUUUCAACAAAGGGCAUGGCAUAAUAUUCUCCAAUGGUGAUGGCUGGAAGGAAUUGAGGCGCUUUACCUUAACAACUCUGAGAGACUUUGGGAUGGGCAAGAGGCUCAGUGAGGAGAAAAUCACUGAGGAGUGUCACUACCUCAUUGAAGAGUUUGAAAGACAUAAAGGCAAAGCCUUUGACACAACAACGAUCAUCAGCUAUGCAGCUUCAAAUAUCAUUUCGGCCAUCAUGUUCGGAGAGAGGUUUGACUUUAAAGAUCCAGUCCUCCAGGAUAUGGUGAAAAAUGACCAAGAAACCAUCCGCCUGUCUGGAUCAGCUUCCAUCGUGAUCUACAAUGUCUUUCCAUGGCUGGGUCCUUGGCUUAAAAACUGGAGGGAUUUAAUGAAGAAUGUGGAGAUCAACAAGCAGCAUUUAUUGCAAUUAAUAAACAAACUAAAGGAGACUUUCAAUCCUGACAUAUGUCGGUGCUUUGUCGAUGCUUUCUGCACACGUAAACAGAGUCUGGAGGAGUCUGACGCUCAGAGGGUGCACUACCAUGAUGAAAACCUGGUCUACAGUGUGAUGAAUUUGUUUGGCGCUGGAACGGACACAACAUCAAACACUCUUCGCUGGAAUUUACUUUUAAUGGCCAAGUACCCUCAAAUACAAGAUCGGGUCCAGGAGGAGCUUAGUAGGGUGGUGGGAGACCGUCAGAUCACAAUGGAGGACAGGAGGAACCUGCCUUACAUCGAUGCUGUCAUCCACGAGACGCAGAGGAUCGCCAACAUUGUCCCCACGUCCAUCACUCACAGCACCAGCAGAGACGUCACCUUCCAGGGAUACUUCAUUGAAAAGGGGACCACUGUGCUCCCUCUGCUGACAUCUGUCCUCUAUGAUGAGAGUGAGUGGGAGACACCAAACACCUUCAACCCUUCCCACUUCCUGGACGAGGAGGGUAAAUUCAUCAGGAGGGAUGCUUUCUUGCCCUUCUCUGCAGGCCGCAGGGCUUGUCUUGGGGAAGGUCUGGCCCGGAUGGAGCUCUUCCUCUUCUUCACCCACCUCCUGCAGCGCUUUCGAUUCACCCCUGCACCCGGGAUGUCAGAGGACCAGCUGGAUUUGACGCCAGUGGUGGGCUUUACACUCAGUCCUCUACCACACCAGUUGUGUGCUGUGAGUCGCCACUGGAUAACAUUCUCCAACGGUGAUGGCUGGAAGGAAAUGAGGCGCUUUACCUUAACAACUCUGCGAGAUUUUGGGAUGGGCAAGAGACUCAGUGAGGAGAAAAUCACUGAGGAAUGUCACUACCUGAUUGAAGAGUUUGAAAAACAUAAAGGCAAAGCCUUUGACAACACAACGAUCAUCAGCUAUGCAGCUUCAAAUAUCAUAUCGGCCAUCAUGUUUGGAAAGAGGUUUGACUUCAAUGAUGCAGUCCUCCCAGAUAUGGUGAAGAAUGACCAAGAAACCAUCCGUCUGUCUGGAUCAGCUUCCAUCAUGAUCUACGAUGCGUUUCCAAUGCUGGGCCCUUGGCUUAAAAACUGGAGGGAUAUAAUGAAGAAUAUGGAGAAUAACAAGCAUCAUAUAUCGCAAUUAAUAAACAAACUCAAAGAGACUUUUAAUCCUGACAUAUGUCGGUGCUUUGUCGAUGCUUUCUGCACACGUACGCUGAGUCUGGAGGAGUCUGAUGCUCAGAGGGUGCACUACCAUGAUGACAACCUGGUCUACAGUGUGAUGAAUUUGUUUGCCGCUGGAACGGACACAACAUCAAACACUCUUCGCUGGAGUCUACUUUUAAUGGCCAAGUACCCUCAAAUACAAGAUCGUGUCCAGGAGGAGCUUAGUAGGGUGGUGGGAGACCGUCAGAUCACAAUGGAGGACAGAAGGAACCUGCCUUACAUCGAUGCUGUCAUCCACGAGACGCAGAGGUUCGCCAACAUUGUCCCCACUUCCGUCACUCGCAGCACCAGCAGAGACGUCACCUUCCAGGGAUACUUCAUUGAAAAGGGGACCACUGUGCUCCCUCUGCUGACAUCUGUCCUCUAUGAUGAGAGUGAGUGGGAGACACCAAACACCUUCAAUCCUUCCCACUUACUGGACGAGGAGGGUAAAUUCAUCAGGAGGGAUGCUUUCUUGCCCUUCUCUGCAGGCCGCAGGGCUUGUCAUGGGGAAGGUCUGGCCCGGAUGGAGCUCUUCCUCUUCUUCACACACCUCCUGCAGCGCUUUCGAUUCACCCCUGCACCCGGGAUGUCAGAGGACCAGCUGGAUUUGACGCCAGUGGUGGGCUUUACACUCAGUCCUCUACCACACCAGUUGUGUGCUGUGAGUCGCCACUAACGAGGAGUUGUUUAGAUAAAAGUAAAAGGAGUGUCUAAUACCUUUGCACUCACUCUGUCAAUUUAGGAUCAAUGAUUAACAUUAUUAACAUUACAAUGGAGU